UCACACAGGAGCUGCUGUUCAGUGCAGGGAUGCUGCUGCAGCAGAGAGGAGAGGGGCUGCAAGGGGUGCUUCAGCAUUAACAAUAACAGACAAAACAGGGAGGACACAGAAUGUUGUGGUGGAAUGCAGAAUGUUGGAAUGUCUGGAAUGGACAUCAUUAAUGAAAUGAAGACAAGUAUGGAGUGAGCCGAGGCAGUGUUAUAGUUUGACAGUGUCUCCCUGGGUAUCUAUUUCUGCGGCUGUCACUGUAACAGUGGCUCCCAGACGGAGGGGAGAUGUAUGCCUUCUACUCCCUGCUAGUUUACAUCUUCUACACUGUCUUCAAGAAGGAGGAGGAAGAAGCUCUGGAAGCUGCCCAGUAUGGAGCCUCAGCGGAGCCAGGACGGGUUUCCAUGGAAACAAGGAGCAGGAGGAAGAAAGGCCACACCCUCAGGAUGGAGAGGAAGAAAAGGGGGCGUGGCAGCAGGUUGAGUGACUCCAGCAGUAGUAGUGAUAGUGACGGCCUGUCCCUGAGUGACGAAGGUGAUGAUGGUGGUGGAGGCGGUGAAGUGCCCGAAAUCCCAGCAUGCACUCCUCUGGGUGCCUUCCUGUCCUUUAAGCAGGAGGACGAGAAGAGGAGGGAGGCCCAGGAACAGCUGGAGACGGCAGGAAAGUUGAUGUCUGAGUCUCCCUUGGUGGCGGUGAUGUCCCACUUGCUGAGUUUUCUGGAGCAGUACUCCCACCUCCAGCAGCUGCAGCAGCAGGCUGAUCAGUACCGGGUCCAGCUGAAGAGGCACCGGGCCCAGCACCGCCGCCAGAUGAAGGCCCUGAGGACAUCGUACCGCCAGAGGCUGAGAGAUAAGAACAGCGUCAUCGACAGCCUGGAGGAGGCCAUCACCACCCAGCAAUACACGCCGAGCACCCCGGGGAGCGACGGUGAGUGUGGUGCUGAUGUCCCUGGGGCCGGGGCUGGGGCUGGGGCUGGGGCAGGGCUCCACAGGCUGGUAGAGUCUCUGUAUGGACUACAGGGAGAGAAGAGCCAGCUGAGGGGAGAACUACGGCUGCUGCACUCCCAACUGGAGCAGAGAGAACAGGACCGACACUCACGAGUACAGGUCUUCCAACAGCAGAUUGACGAGCUGAAGAGCUGCAUCGAGGAGCGGGAGGAGGAGCUGUCCAGACUAAGAACUGACUCUGGAGCCACAGACUCGGAGAAGCGGGUUGUGUGUCUGUCAGCAGAGAACGAGAGUCUGAAACAGAGUCUGACUGUCACCCAGGGCCUCCUGCAGCAGCUCUCUGUCAUCCCCUCCCAGUCCAGCUCUGUACUCAUCAAGGAGAAUGAGAACCUGCGCAGCCGGGUGCAGCAGCUGGAGAGUUCCCUGCAGCAGCAGGCUGAUCAGCUGUCUUGCCUGGAGAGACAGAGCGAACAAAGCGAGUGGAGGAGAGGAGAGGAGCAGAGGAGAAAAGAGGAGAGAGUGAGGGAGCUGCAGCUAGACCUGGAUAAAGAGAGGGCCAAAGAGCCACAGGUCAAGAUUGUCACUCAUACUGUGGAGGUGGAGUCACCGGCGACGCUGAGGCAAUUGGCUGAGGCCACAGAGAGGAACGAGCAGCUGUCAGAGAAACUGACCAAUCAGAACGAGAAGUGCAGACAACUUGAGGAGCACAUCAGGAAGUCAGAUGAAUUCAGCUGUAACCUGCAACACAAGAUUGCAGCGUACGAGCGGGAGAUCAGUGUACUGCAGGAGGAGCUGCUGAAGGAGAUAGGUCACCUGGAGGAGAAGAAGGAGGAGGCUGUGAAGGCUGCAGCGACCUGCUCCGUAGAACACUUCCAGAGCCUGCAGGACCAGUUCUUUAACCUGCAGAAGCGUCUGACAGCGCUCCCUCCGACCCUGUGCACCAUGAAGACAGACUACGCCAGCCUGAGGAGCCAGGUCCGCAACUUCUCCGACUUCUACGGAGCAGCCAUCACCGACGCCAAGAAACAGAUAUCAGCCACUAUGAGUGAGAUGUCGGAGGCCAACAAGGACCUCCUGGAGAAGUACAGGAAGGAGGUGGCACUGCGGAGGAAGUACCACGAGCAGCUGGUCGAGCUCAAAGGCAACAUCCGUGUGCUGUGCCGUGUGAAGCCGGUUCUGAAGGAGGACCAGCAUGAGGAGGGCCAAUCGGUGGUGGUAACUACUGACCCCAAUAACGAAUCAGCUCUCUCCGUGCUGAAAGGGCAGGGCCGCAGCCACAACUUUGAACUGGACCGUGUCUUCCACCCUCAGGCCACUCAGGAAGAGGUCUUCCAGGAGAUCGAGCCCCUUGUGACAUCCUGUAUAGAUGGAUAUCACGUCUGCAUCUUUGCCUACGGGCAGACUGGCUCUGGGAAGACCUACACCAUGGAGGGCAGCACAGAGAACCCAGGCAUCAAUCAGCGUGCUCUGAAACACCUGUUCAGUGAGAUAGAGGACAGGAAGGACAUGUGGACGUACACCGUGAGUGUCAGCUCUGUGGAGAUCUACAACGAGGUGCUCAGAGACCUGUUGAGUAAGGAUGGAGAGAAGCUGGAUAUUAAGAUCAACCCAGACGGGACAGGACAGCUGCACGUCCCUGGACUCAGGGUCAUCGAGGUCAAGAGCUUCCAACACAUCAAGAAACUUCUGGCGCAGGCGCGUCGUAACAGAAUCACCUUCGGGACCCAGAUGAACCAGCACAGCUCUCGUUCCCAUGCCCUUCUCAUGAUCACUGUGCUGGGGACUGACCUGGCCAGCGGGGCCAAGAUCACAGGCAAGUUGAACCUGGUAGACUUGGCUGGCUCUGAGAGGGUCUGGAAGUCAGGAGCUGAGGGAGAGAGGCUGAAGGAGGCCCAGAACAUCAACCGCUCCCUGCUGGCUCUGGGGGACGUCAUCCAGGCUCUGAGGGGGAAGGAGAAACACAUCCCCUUCAGAAACAGUCGCCUCACAUACCUGCUGCAGGACUCACUGGGCAAGGGCAACAAGACGGCCAUGGUAGUGCAGGUGUCUGCUCUGGAGAGUAAUGUGGGAGAGACCAUGUGUUCUCUGAAGUUUGCUGAGAGGGUUUGUAAGGUGGAGCUGGGGCCUGCAGCCAGGAAGAUACAGAGAGGAGGGGGAAGCCAUCAGUGUGACUAGAACUCCACUCCCUGAAAUCAUCCAACUUCCUGUUCCCAUGGACAAUGAGGACUACAGGGACUCAACAGACACACAGCCAACCAAAUACAUCAACAAGCAAUAACAACAACAAGCAACUGCUCUCGCCAGUCAGUCAAUCUAUCAGUCUGUCUAUCAGUCAGCCAGUCUCAGUCUAUCAGUCAGCCUGUCUGUCAGCCAGUCAGUCAAUCUAUCAGUCUGUCUAUCAGUCAGCCAGUCUAUCAGUAUAAAAGCUACCAGGUGUGUAUUCAUUGAGAUGAAAUAGAGAAUAUUGCAGAUUCUCUAGUCUAUUGAUCAUAAUGUAUGUUCAUGUCAUGCACAGGAGGUUGGUGGCACCUUAAUUGGGAAGGACAGGCUCAUGGUAAUGGCUGGAGCGGAAUUAGUAGAAU